CUUUUCUUUUCGUUUUUCUCUCAUGACAAGUCGCGUACCUAUUACUAUUCUCACGGGGUUUCUCGGUAGUGGAAAGACAACAUUGUUGAAUCAUAUUCUAAAAAGUCGGCACAACAAACGGGUGGCAGUCAUAGAAAACGAAUAUGGGGAAGUUGGUGUUGAUGGAGGACUUGUCUUAGAUGCUGGUCAAGAAAUAUUUGAAACACAAAAUGGAUGUCUUUGUUGUACAGUACGUGGUGAUCUUUCUAGGAUUUUACAUGAACUCUGCGUGGAACGGAAAGAUCAAUUUGAUAUGGUUUUGAUUGAAUGUACUGGUUUGGCAAAUCCUGGAUUUGUUUUACAAACAGUGAUGAUGGAUGAUCAGUUAUUGGCGCACUACCGAAUAGAUGCCGUGGUGACCUUGGUGGAUGCCUAUCAUAUCUCACAACAACUGGAUGCAGCAUGGACCAACAAAACAGAAGCGUAUCAACAAAUUGCAUUUGCUGAUAUCAUCUUAUUAAACAAAACCGACCUCCUGCCUGACACUCAUGCAAUCCAUUCAUUGAGACAACGACUUUCUCAAAUCAAAAACGUACCCAUUCAUGCAACAAAGUAUGGUGUUAUUCCUCUGGAUUGUAUCUUGGAUGUGAAAGGAUACGAUUUGGAUCACAUGACGAUACCAGACAACCAGCACCAUCACAGUGAUCAAGAAAUUAUAUCCGUGGGUAUUGGUAUUGCUGGAGAGUUGGAUUUCGAUCGACUCAACCGAUGGAUUCAGUCUAUAUUGGCUUCUAUGGGACCAAACAUUUAUCGUAUGAAAGGCAUUCUAAAUGUGCAUGGUGAACGAGAUCGAUUUAUCUUUCAAGGCGUACACAUGUUAUUUGAUGGACAACAAGAUAGACCGUGGAAAGAUGGAGAAGAAAGAAAGAAUAGAUUAAUUUUUAUUGGCAAAAAUUUGAAUAGGGAAACUUUAUUAGAAAGUUUCAAAAAAUGUAUUGUUUGA